AUGUCCGAGGGCGAGACCAAGCCGCCCGUGGUGCACGAAGCCCACGAGGUCGACACGUUCCACGUUCCCAAGGCCUUCUUCGACAAGCACCCGCACACGAAGCCCCAUCUCGACGGCCUCGAGCACUACCAGCAGCUGUACAAGGAGUCCAUCCAGGAACCGCACAAGUUCUGGGGCAAGCUCGCACGAGAGUUGCUCACAUGGGAGCGCGAUUUCCAAACUGUCCACGCCGGUAGCUUCGAGAACGGCGACAAUGCCUGGUUCGUAGAGGGCCGGUUGAACGCAAGCUACAACUGCGUCGACCGGCACGCCUUCAAGAACCCGGACAAGCCUGCCAUCAUCUAUGAGGCUGACGAUACUGCCGAUGGCCGCAUCAUCACCUACGGCGAGCUCCUGCGCCAGGUCUCGAAGCUCGCCUACACGCUGAAGGAGAUGGGCGUCCGCAAGGGAGACACCGUGGCCUUGUACUUGCCCAUGAUUCCCGAAGCCCUCAUUUCCUUCCUCGCCUGCUCACGUAUCGGUGCUGUUCACUCUGUAGUCUUUGCCGGUUUCUCCUCAGACUCGCUGCGGGAUCGCAUCAUUGACGCAGAAUCAAAGGUCGUCAUCACCACCGACGAGGGCAAGCGUGGAGGCAAGACUAUCAGCACCAAAAAAAUCGUCGACGACGCACUCAAGCAGUGCCCCAACGUCUCACACUGCCUAGUCUACAAGCGUACUGGCACCGACGUCCCAUGGACCAAGGGCCGAGACUACUGGUGGCACGACGAGGUCGAAAAAUACCCCAACUACAUUGCCCCUGAGCCCAUGAGCUCAGAAGACCCGCUGUUCCUGCUGUACACGUCUGGAUCUACCGGCAAACCCAAGGGUGUCAUGCACACAACCGGUGGAUACCUCAUCGGUGCUGCGGCAACGGGCAAGUACGUGUUUGACAUCCACGACAACGAUGUAUUCUUCUGUGGCGGAGAUGUAGGAUGGAUUACUGGACACACAUAUGUCGUGUAUGCGCCGCUACUGCUGGGUGUUGCUACAGUCGUCUUCGAGGGUACACCUGCGUACCCCAACUUCUCGCGCUACUGGGAUAUCGUCGACAAGUACAACGUCAGCCAAUUCUACGUUGCUCCUACGGCGCUGCGAUUACUCAAGCGCGCUGGUGACGAGCACGUCAAGCACCAGAUGAAGAACUUGCGUGUGCUGGGAUCUGUGGGAGAGCCGAUUGCCGCUGAGGUGUGGAAAUGGUACUUCGAGAUCGUAGGAAAGGAGGAGGCACACGUUGUAGACACAUAUUGGCAAACAGAAACCGGUUCGCACGUUAUCACACCGUUGGGCGGUGUGACUCCCACGAAGCCUGGCUCUGCAUCCCUCCCCUUCUUCGGCAUCGAGCCCGCCAUUAUCGACCCCGUCUCGGGCGAGGAGAUCCACGGCAACGACGUUGAGGGUGUGCUUGCUUUCAAGCAGCCAUGGCCCAGCAUGGCUCGCACAGUCUGGGGUGCACACAAGCGAUACAUGGACACUUACCUGAACGUGUACAAGGGCUACUACUUCACGGGUGACGGUGCAGGCCGCGACCACGAGGGCUACUACUGGAUUCGAGGUCGUGUAGACGACGUUGUGAACGUCAGUGGUCACCGUCUGUCAACCGCCGAGAUCGAAGCCGCACUCAUCGAGCACCAUGGCGUGGCUGAAGCGGCAGUCGUUGGUGUCAAUGACGAACUCACCGGCCAAGCCGUGAACGCGUUCGUGGCGCUCAAGGACGGCAACGACAGCUCAGACCAGACAAAGAAGGAUCUGAUACUGCAGGUGCGUAAGUCGAUUGGGCCGUUUGCCGCGCCCAAAGCCAUCUUUGUGGUGCCGGACCUGCCCAAGACGCGGUCCGGGAAGAUCAUGCGCCGCAUCCUGCGCAAGAUCUUGGCGGGCGAGGAGGACCAGUUGGGCGAUACGACUACGUUGUCCGACCCCUCUGUUGUCGAUAAAAUCAUUGACGUGGUACAUUCGGCCAAGAAGAAGUAG